GCACAAGCACACACACGGCGAUUUCUUGGCCGGCGACUUCUUCGGCUCGCACAGCUCACCGGAGAACUUUCAUUUUAUUGCGAGCCGUCGUGCGCGAACGACAAUUCGCGCGCACCUCCACAAGUUAUUGUUCUUCGACGCGCUUCGCGAUCGCAACGUAUCCUAUCUACGCUUUUGUUUCACAUUAUCGAGAGACUUUAACGCAAAGUGAGAAAACAAGUUCUUGAAAGUUUCAAAUGCAAAUUGCAUUACUGGUUUCUGCGCGUCGUGGGCGUUAUUUGUAACAUUUAGCGACUUGCAUUUGGCGGUGAUGGCAUAAUUGAUAUCUACGCGUGUGAUACCUUUUUCUUUGAGUGUCCAGUGGUGUAAAACUAAAUGUGCGUAUAAAAUAAAUGUGCGUUCUUCACGAUGCUGACUAGGAAAUGCGUGAAUCGUUGGAUUUACUUCAAAUACGCGCGCACGCUCGUGCUGCUGCAGCUGGUCGCGCUUAUUGGAUUCGCGGCGGAUUCCGUUGCGUCACAAGAAAUCCACUGUGGUCAUCCUGCAGUACCCGCCAACGCCAAAGUCUCCCUAAGUUCCGAACAACUCAAAGCCGGAACAAUCGCUACGUACCAAUGCGAUGACGGUUAUGAAACCUUCGGGAACACAGAGUUAUCCUGCUCAACGAAAGGAAAAUGGGUCGGAGAGCUGCCAUUUUGUGGCACUAACAUAGCCUACCGUAAACCAGCGAAUCAAUCAACAAGUGUUCGCGGUGGCAACGCUUUAAACGCGAAUGACGGCGAAAAAAGCACUGAACACGAUGGAAAACGAUGCACAGAAACACAAAAGGAAGUCAGCCCUUGGUGGCAUGUGGAUUUACUACGUCCAUAUCCUAUUAAAGUUGUUCGGGUGACAACUAGAGGAUGCUGCGGACAUCAACCACUUCAAGAUCUUGAAAUUCGGGUUGGAAAUAGCAGUAGUGAUUUACAACGAAAUCCGUUAUGUGCUUGGUUUCCGGGGACAAUAGACGAAGGCGUGACGAAGACCUUCACCUGUGCACGUUCCUUGGUCGGGCAGUAUGUGUUCCUGCAACUUGUCGGCGUCGAAGGAUCUUUAUCCUUGUGUGAAGUGGAAGUUUUUACGACCGAUGAGUUUUCAAUUGAUCGUUGUGCACCUCGAUCAGCACCAGAGGACGCACAAUUGGCUGCAUUUUCACGAACGUGUUAUGAAUUCGGCGUGGGUCGUGGCGGGUCUUUUGCUGAAGCACGAGCGUAUUGCAAGAGUCACAAUGGCGAUUUAGUGCAUGGCAUGAAUCCCGGCCAGACUUCCUUUCUAUAUGCAGAAUUAGAGCGCCGGAAGCCCAAGUUAAAAACACAACUCGUGUGGAUCGGAGCGCAGAAAGAACCGGGAUUAACAUCACGGACUUGGAAAUGGGUUAAUGGCGAUAUGGUUCUUCGUCCUGCAUGGGGCAAGGAUCAACCUAAUAAUUACAAUGGUGAACAAAAUUGUGCCGUUUUGGAUGGUGGACGUGGAUGGUUAUGGAACGAUGUUGGAUGUAAUUUGGAUUAUUUACAUUGGAUCUGCCAACAUAAUCCUUCAUCGUGCGGAAGCCCCGACAAACAACUGAAUACCACGAUCACCGGCAAGAAUUUCAAUGUCGGUGGCUCAAUUCAGUACCAAUGCCCUGAAGGACAAAAGUUGAUAGGAUCCAGUAAUCGUACAUGCACAACAGAAGGUUUUUGGUCUGGAGCUGCACCUACCUGCAAAUACGUUGAUUGUGGUGGUCUACCUGACUUGGAGCAUGGCACAGUUACAUUGAAGAACCGCAGAACAACAUUCGGGGCUGUAGCAACAUACACAUGUCACGAAAACUACACACUGAUAGGACGCGAACAACGCACCUGCGGUGAAGCGGGUUUCUGGAGUGACAAAACACCGGAAUGUCUGUUUGAUUGGUGUCCGGACGCGCCUGAGAUCCAGGGAGGAAUCGUAAAACUCUCGGGACAUCGCGCCGGUGACACUGCAACUUAUACCUGCCAAUCGGGUUAUAUUCUCUUUGGACAAGCAGUGUUAUCAUGCGGAUUAGGUGGGGAAUGGUCCGGUAAACAACCGUCGUGCAAAUUCGUCGAUUGCGGAUCACCGCCAAACAUUGAUAAUGGAAACUAUAAUCUUGCGAAUGGAAGUACUACAGUUGAUAGUAUCGUCGAGUAUUCUUGCAAAGAUGAUUACUGGCUUGAAGGAGAAAAGAGACAGCGGUGUACACGAGAAGGCAAAUGGUCAUCUGAUGCGCCAUCUUGUGAAUUGAUUGUAUGCGAGGAACCUGAUGUACCUUCAGGAUCCUAUGUUGUGGGUUACGACUUUUUCGUACAUUCAAGCAUCGAAUACCAUUGUGAAGUCGGCCACGUGCUGCGAGGACAUGCGAUUCGGACUUGUAUGAAUGAUGGGGAAUGGUCGGGUACUACACCCACAUGUGAAUAUAUUGACUGUGGUAAAGUGCCAACUUUACCAAACGGAAACACGGAAUACACCAACAAAACAGCAUACCUAGGCAGCGAGAUUACAUACAGUUGUGUACGGAAUUACAGACUCAUUGGUGUGCCAAAGAGAACGUGUCAAGAAAACAAGCAGUGGAGUGAUAGCACGCCUAAAUGUGAAGAAAUUCGCUGUCCGGAGCCCAUAUUGGCAGAACACAGUAUUCUUUCAGUCACUGGUAAUGACCGUAUGUAUGGCCGCACGCUGAUUCGCACUUCGCAAUCAGAUUCGAGUAAUUCAGGUGCCACAUCUUACAAAAUCGGAGCAUUGGUCAAAUAUCGCUGUGAGAGAGGUUACAAAGUUAUUGGUGAACCUCUGAGCACAUGUGAAGAUACUGGUAAAUGGAGUGGAGAGGUACCAGAAUGUAUUUAUGUGGAUUGUGGAACACCAGGAAAACUAAACUACGGAAAAGUCACCUUAGCAUCAAAUGCAACUUAUUACGGAGCAUUGGCAUUGUAUGCAUGUGAUGCCAAUUAUGAAUUAGACGGAGUGUCAAGACGCCUCUGUUUAGAAAAUGGCACCUGGAGUUCUGACCUACCUGUGUGCAGAGAAAUACAAUGCAAAGAUCCAGACUCAUUUGAAGGAGUGUCGUUCAAAGUAAGCACGCAUAGUGUUGGCGGUAUUGCGCAAUACGCAUGCCCCAGAGGUCACCAUAUGCAUGGUAACGAAACACGCACUUGCUUAGAGCGCGGGACAUGGAGCGGCAAAGCACCCACGUGCACAGCGGUUGAUUGCAAACAUCCCGGAUCAAUUCAAAAUGGCCGCGUGAUUGUCAUGAAUGGUACCACGUAUAAUAGCGCAGUUGAAUAUCACUGCGUACCAAAAUUCGAACGUAUUGGACCAUAUCUACGUAAAUGCAUGGAAAACGGCGACUGGUCGGGUGAUGAUCCACGUUGUGAAGUUGCUACAGGAGAACCGCAAGAUUCUUCUAACUUGGGGACGAGUAUUGGUAUCGGUGCCGGCGUCGUUUUGUUCCUACUGAUAUUAUUAGGAUUAAUCUAUUUAAAAUUGCGUAAAGCAACACCAGUGAAAAACACCGAAAAUGUCGAAGCUGCCGAGAGAAAAGAAGACCGUAACGCAGCCGUAAUGAGUUAUGCCACACUCAGUGACCGUAAUGGCUACCCAAUGCACCUCGCAGGAACGAAUAUCUACGAAAACAUUCACGAUGAGAACAUGUACGAUGCUCCCUAUGAAGAAACCAGCAGAGAUAGUGGUACGUACGAACCGGAACCAAUCGGUAGGAAUGGUAACGUCGUCACAAUCAAUGGCGUCGCCGUACGAUAAUAUGUGUAUCAUAAAGCAACGAAAACCAAAAGAGUCAAGAAUAACAUUAAUGUGAUGAAUCGAUGCGUAUUGUAAUUGUUUUUUUUUUUUUGUGUGUAAAUAUUUAGUGUCUAGCCGACGAAUCCAUUCUAAUUGUUACAACCUAUAUAAAUUAUCGUGUACUGUAUUAUAGUGUAAAUUUAAAAAUAAAUGUUUUAUUUUUCAAAACAUAA